UCCUAAUGGCGUCGGCUGUUUACAAACAAGAAUUGUAUCUGUUCUGCCAAAGGAACUGACAUCUGGGUAAAUACGUGUGGCACGUUCACUCCCCCCUGCGCUUGUUUAUCCCAAGAAGAGUUCGCGAUAAGAAUAAAACAAUAACAAAUAGAUCGGAAUCACUUUUGCUUUUGCUUUUGGGCUGGUGAUGUCAUGGACUUGACUUUGUGCAUUAGUGCGACGUUGUUCACUGCCUGGAAGACAUUUUGCGGCAUUUUUUAAGUGGAAAGUGAAAUAUUGAAGCGGAAUUCAUAAUAUAAUAAAAAGAUACAAUGGACACUGCGCAACAACCUACUCCAGAUUUGGAUGAUUUCUGCCUAGAACACAUUUUUAGGUUUCUCAGAAUCCGUGAUUAUCUAAACGUUAGCAAUGCCUGUCCUAAAUUUGAAGUCAUAAUUAAACGGAUACUCACGAGAGAAAUGUUUAAUUUUAAUAGUAUCUAUGAAAACACGUCACUGUCCGAAGCAACCGAAAUUUUAGCUAAAUACGGUCAUGCCAUAAAAAAGUUAUUAAUAGAACUGAAAUUUGGAUAUCAUAAAAAUAUUAGAGACUAUUGCGAACUCGUUCCAACAAAUUGUCCAAACAUUGAAGAAAUCCAGUUCAACUUUCCUGGCAAAGUAGAUCGUGAGAUAAUGGAGGUGAUACUUAGAGGAUCAAAAAAUAUCAAGGUACUCCGCUGCAACACACUUGAACUGCUUGAUGACCACUGUCUUCUCAUGAGUCACCUAAGAGAGCUGGAAAAUCUUGACAUUAAAAACAACCGAGCUAUAUCAGGAAUUCAUUUGAAUAACUUAACGAAACUCAAGGAUCUAAAUCUUCAGGGAUGUUAUGGUUUGAAGUCAGAACAUUUCAUUGAAAUUUGCAAGGGGACCAAGUUGGAAAGGCUCAACAUUGCAAGUUGCAUAAAUCUCAAUGAAGCAGCAUUUGAAGUCCUGCUGCAAACUCAAUCAGAACUGGAAGAAAUCAGGAUCAACCAUUGGUACCAAAACGGCAAUGUAGAACACGUGGCCCGUUUACCAAACCUUAAGCACGUCAAUAUUUCUUGGUAUUCACAAAAGAAAGAAAGUAAAGGGACUGAACUCGUGAACAUCCUUGCCAGUUGCAACUCGGAUGCUAUUCAAACGUUACGAAUAUUCCGGCCCAAAAAUUUUACGCAGGCCCAGCGGGCAGGCAUUCUGAAAUUAUCCAAUCUGCUGACACUAUCCUUUGUUGCUGAUAUGGACCUCAAUGACCUCUUCUUAGCAAAAGUUUCUGAAGCUUGUCCCAAUUUAGAAGAAAUCGAUAUCUCAGAAUCAAAGAAUGUCACAAAUGAUGGCAUCAUUGAACUUGUACAAAACUUGGAGGGACUCCGCUCUUUGGAUCUGCGGUGUUGCAGGCAAAUCGAUGGAUCAUUAUACAGGAAAAUUGUUGCCAUCAGAACUAAAUCAAAAAAGGCGAAAUGCCUGCUAGUUUAUGUCUGGAAUACUGAAUUGGAGAAGAUGUACUUUGAGACUCCUGAAGAUUACUUCAAAUUAAGGAAAUUUGUGAAACUAUCAUUCAUUCCGAACUUUUGAAAGGUCAUGAGAAUGGAUAAGACGACCGAUGAAGACCUCAGUACCACCAGCAGCUUAUUCAGCAUCUGCGCGAUCCCCUUUAUAGACUGAAAACCAGCACUCCAAAAUGCCAAGUCAACUAUUUAAACAAGAGUUGGAAAACCAUGCAUCAUGUUAAAUAAUCCAAAACAUUCAACACCAUUUUCUUGGAGAAACCUGGUUUUGUCCACUAUCAGCAUAGGCUUUAUGGCGUCAAAUUCGUAAAAAAUAAACUCCUUAAAAGCCUUUCUUGAAAUAAAUGUAAUACU